CAUUAGUCUAGCCAUCCAUGCAGAGGGUUGGGAACUCUCACUACAACUCAUUCGUGGGCAACAAGAACGGCAAAGCAAGCGCACCGAAAUUUUUUUAACGGAUCCCUCAUUACCAGCUUCCAUCUUAGCUUUCCCUCCGGUCCCCGCCAACUCAACUAUUUAUUUGUUUGCUCAUUACUCCAUUCCCCCCCACAUCACUUGGUCUGGUCGGGAGAAGAUGUCGCCCAGCUGUUUGCCUUGGCUUCUCUUGCUCCAGGUACUCUUGCUGCAUUCCACCGAGAUCGCAGCCGAAGUUCCGGCGAUCAUCAUCUUCGGGGACUCCACGGUCGAUGCCGGGAACAACAACUUCAUACCGACCAUCGCCAGGAGCAACUUCGAGCCCUACGGCCGUGACUUCAACGGCGGCCAGCCCACGGGUCGGUUCUGCAACGGGCGGCUCGCCACCGACUUCAUCUCGCAAGCUUUUGGGCUCCCAUCGGCCGUGCCGGCCUACCUCGACCCCCAGUACGGCAUCAAGGACUUCGCCACCGGCGUCUGCUUCGCCUCCGCCGGCAGUGGCUACGACAAUGCCACAUCUGAUGUGUUCUCCGUCAUACCUCUAUGGAGGGAACUGGAAUACUUCAAAGAAUACCAGGAGAAGUUGAAGGCUUACCAAGGGGAGGCAAAGGCCCGAGAGACACUGAGUGAGGCUGUGUAUGUUAUAAGCUUAGGGACUAACGACUUCCUCGAGAACUACUACACCGUGCCCGGCGGCCGACGGUCGCAAUACAACGUGGAACAAUACCAGGACUUCCUGAUUGGCAUUGCUGAAGAUUUUAUCAGGGACCUUCACAGAUUAGGUGCUCGCAAAAUAGACCUCACUGGACUUCCUCCAAUGGGGUGUUUGCCGUUGGAACGAGUCGCCAAUCCGACAUCCAGGGACGCCUGCAAUGAAAUCUACAACAAAGUGGCCUCGAAUUUUAACAGCAAGCUGCAGCGCUCGAUCAACAAGCUUAACCGAGAAUUACCUGGUAUCGCAAUUGUAUACGGCGAUAUCUACUAUGUUUUGCUGGGUGUGAUCAAGAAGCCAUUGACAUUCGGAUUUGAGGACGCAGUGUCCGGAUGCUGCGCAACAGGAAUGUUUGAGAUGGGUUACACAUGCAAUAGAAGGAGUCUAUUCACAUGCCAAGAUGCGAACAAGUAUGUCUUCUGGGAUGCCUUCCACCCAACCGAGAGGAUGAACCUUGUUAUCGCCGCUCAACUCAUGAAAACUACUCUAGGCAUAUUUAAGUAAAUUAUAUUCACUGCUUGGUUAGUGUGAUGUAUGUUAAUAUGUAAAUCUAAGAGUCUCAUUUGGAGCCAUAUAUAUAUAACUAUGUAAUGACUAUGUAGUUACUUUGUUAUCCAGAUAAGUAGUAAAUUUAUAAGUCCUUUAAGUAGCACUAAUUUAAAUAUUUUAUAAUUUUUUUUUGUCCUCUUCAAAGUUAGAGAUGUUUUGUUAACUUCAUUUAUGAUUAUAACAAUGACAAUGAAUUAAUAGGAAAAAUGCAAGCCUAAGAUGUAUAACAAUUUUAGGCCAUACCUAAUAGGAAAAUAUAACUUUUCAAUGGAGAAGGCUGAAAUAAUUUAGCCGAGUGGAA